UUACACAACAAUUGAAUUCUUUAAGCGCGUGUGUAUAAUACAUCAGACUAUACGUUCAUUCACUCUGGUUCGUGUCGAAUUAAUUGAAAAGUUGGCUCCGAUUACUCACGAAUACGUGUGAAUAAUUGGUUAUGACUUUAAUUGGAAUUUUAAAACAUUAUCAUGCGAUUGAUACCGACGCUAUCGGAGAUUAAAUGGCAAGUUAUAAUGAUGCGGUGGCACCAUCGAGGUUUAUUAUGUAGGUAGACAGACUUUGAAGUCAUUGCCUAAGCUUUGUAAAGACAACAUAUUACACGAUGUGGAACAUAUUGGAAAAAGUGUCUGAACAGGUUUCGUUAUAUGCAACUUUGACCGGGCAAGUUUGGUACUUGCUCGUAUAUCUCUUUCGUUUGAUCGUCGUUGUUACUAUCGGCAGCUCCGUAUACAGCGACGAACAGUCGGCGUUCCGUUGCAGCACAAAAGUAAUAGGAUGCGACAACGUUUGCUAUGACAAGUUUGCUAAGAUCUCACAUAUUCGGUUCUGGGCAUUUCAAUUGCUUGCCCUCAGUGCUCCAGUGAUCGUCUUCCAUUUCUACACGAUCCACGUUAAAGGUAGGAUCGAAAAACUGAAAGUGAAAGAGCAAGAGGCGAUAGAAAGGGAGGAGCAAUACCAAAAAGAGCUGACAAAGACGGAAGACACGAGUAAGUGGGGAGUUAUCCGAAACAGCGUCAACAAUAAAAUACAACGGAGGAAAAGUCGCAUUGGCAAGGUGAGACCGAAAAAAGUGUAUGCGAACACUCAACUUGAAGAGAUAACUCUUACACGCGGAAUCAAAGUCGCUUACUUUCUCUCUGUGCUCACACGAUUCGUGAUGGAGAUUAUAUUUCUCUUCCUUGCCUAUGACUUGUUCCGAUUCGCUGAAUACCCGCAUACACCUAACGAUGGCCGAAUAGUGUCCGACGGUAAACGAGUUGCAGGUGUUUUCGAUCUCUUCUGGAUCCGGGUUCCUCAGCUCUAUAGAUGCGGAGGAGACAGCGUAAGGUGGGCGUGUGGCCAGCAUAUGCUGCCAGGUAAUUCCGAUGCUUAUAUUCCGUGUUGGGUUUCAAGGCCGUGGGAGAAAACUAUUUUUCUCAGGUACAUGAACACACUCAGUGUCAUUUGCCUUUUUCUUGCACUUGCCGAAAUUAUCCAAAUAGGUAUACGCGGGGGACUUGAGUUGGCCAAGAAAAAGUCAAAGCCUCGCCAAGAAUUACCUGAAAUGAAAAUGCUUCUUUCAGACGGAUACAAACCUAAACCGAUACUAAAAACCCCAAGCAUUGGUACCGUCGCCACGGAAACAGAAAGCCCAGCAUCACACCCCCGACCCACAACACCACCAACAGAAACAUCAACAGCUAACACCGAGACAAGUCCGAAGGAGCUUUUAGAUGCACCGCGGAAGGAAAGUGGCAGCAAGCACACUGCAAUCAAAGGGCAACGACCCAGCAAUCGAAGUGAUCUUGAUCAUAAUGAAAGGCGAUCCAUAACAAUGGACGAUCUAAAAACAGCAAUUUUAUUAGCGAGAAGGAGAAAGCCAAGCCAACCACCAGCUACACGGAGACCUAGCAAAAACAACGAACACAGCAGCAGAAAAACUCACUUUCAAAUUCCAUACGGUACCCAAUCACUUAACCGACCAAAGAAAGUGACGAAGAUGCCGUACCGCUCGAUGUAUCGAGUCGGGAGUAUCUCGUUCUCACACUCAGAGGCAGAGGAUGAUGAGGAGUCUGAAGGAUCAGAUGAGAGCGCUGAACGCGUUUCCGUCUCGGAGCACUCGGAAACAGAAUAUGUGUGAAUUUUAUAAUUUUCUGCUCGCACAAAAAAAAUAAACUAAACAUAUAGGAAU